AUGUGGGGAUCGGGUAGGAGGUUGGUCCUCCGAGGGCUCGUCGCGGCAUGGCUAGGGCUGGCCCUUAUCGGUGACAUGGUCUCUGGACGGUUCGUGGUGGAGAAGAACAGCUUGAUGGUGACUUCGCCCAAUGAACUGCGGGGGAAGCACGACAGCGCCAUCGCCAACUUCGGGAUCCCCCAGUACGGUGGUAGCAUGGCCGGUACCAUAGUGUAUCCCAAGCAGAACAACGAUGGCUGUGAAGCAUUCUCCGAAUCAUUCCGGGCCAAAAUAGGCGGCCUCCCCUACUUUGUGGUCGUAGAUCGUGGAGGUAACGGGGUUCUUCCUUGUCUCAUUUGUUUAUCCCAACUUUUUUCGACGACUGAUCGCCCGUGCACUUGGCGCCAUUUUUUUCCCUUAUUCAUAUAAAGUUACAGAUCGUAGUGGAUUAGUUUUUUUCUCAUAAGGGUAAUCCGUCGUCCGAUCCAAAGAGUUAGUUACCCAUACUGUUUUGAUCUUUAAAGCUGCGGUCAUGACUGGGGCACGGGUAACCAUGGUACACUUGCAGCUUCAUAUUAUAAAUGUUUCUAAAAUUGCAACCAUUUGACUCCAAAAUAAACUCGGUAGUGAAAAAAUCAUCAUUAUACUUCCAUCCAGUGACGCUCCUGAAAAGAAUCCUGUACCACCAUGAGGCACACCUUCUAUUUAAUUUUCUGUGGGACCGCAGUAGUGUUGAUAUUUUUUUAAUAUCAAUUUUCUAGUAUUAAACCUGGCAGUAACUUAUUAUGCUAAUCGGUAUCCAAGCUUUUUUGUCCUCUGGUAUUUUAUGGCUAUCAUGUUACUCCAAUUCUUGAGGCUAUUAUUCAUGACGGACACAGGGUUAUACACUGAUCAUUGCAUGAAAUCUGUUAAGUUUUAGACCUUGGAAGCUUUAAGUCACAGAAGAAAUUUUAGAAUGGUGACCCUUUAAAGUUGUGGGACAGGUUUUAUGUCGCAAAAAAGCGUUAUAACUAACAUGCCUCAAUCGGUAAAACUUUCGGGCAAUUGGUAAGUGAGUUGUGCUAGAAAUCGUCGUCACUGUAAAGAAGAUAUCUUCUUGGAAUGUAAAACUUGGAAGUCAGUAUUCUAGAAUUUUCAUUGAUUCCCAUGCUUUUUUUCUCCCUUGUUCUGUGUAAAAGUCUCCCUUAGCUUUUUGUAUUCUUUUGGAGUGUCUUCAUCGAGAUAUGGAUAUAUAUUGCUUCCAUUAAUCUUUGGUGUAUCCUCCACCAAUAAUGAAGUAGGAUUUCUUCUUCAAUCUAUAUUUGUAUUUUGGAGGCUCCACUAUCCUCUUCCAAAUUAGUGAUUAGUUUUUCCCUGUUUCAUGUGCACGUCUGACAUUAUUCUCUGUAAAGUCUUGGAAGUGAAGAAAAUCUUCAAGACAUUUCUCUUGAUUUUCAUUUUCCUUUUCUUGUAUGAAGUAUGAAGGGUUUCAAAAUUGCUUUAAUCACUCCAUUGAAUUAGCUUAACGUCAUCCAGUGCGAUGUCACACUGAAAGUGUCAUUGUUGUAAAGCAUGAAUCUGGAUUGCGGGCUCCUAAAAUCCGUGUAUAAAAGCCAGUCCAGCCUGAGUUUAAGCUCAGUUCAUUUAAUGAUAGGGCCUGAUGCAAGAUGAAAUUCAAUUCUAUGAAUAUUAGAUGAGCCAGACUUCACUUUGCUCAAAUCCAGUUCGCUUAAAGUCAGGCAUGCCAAGUGUGAGUUCUUUGAAUAUGAAACGAUCUUGUCUCAUCUAGUAUUCUUCAGUCUAUUUGAACCACUAUUUUUUUUUUAAAAGAAUAGAUUUCCCUUAUCUCCGCUCAUGAAUGCAGCUCUUUCGUGAGGUAUAAGCCUAUUUCAUGUAGCUAUUAGAUGCCAUUAAUGGAAUAUUUAGAAAAUAUAUAAAAAUCAUGACCAUGAACAUGGCCAAACCCGAGGACACCUACGUUUCUGUUCUAGCGUUUCACUAGCUAAAUGGGUUCAAUCAAAUUCCUUUCAUGUCUAUUCACCAGCUCUUCCCCACGGUUUUGCAUACACCUAUAGUUUUCAAGUUACAUAGUAUUAGGAGUUCUCUCUAGGAAUCAGAUCCCUUAAGUCAACUUUUAUGCCUUGUGUGGUGGCCAAUUGUGUUUCCUAUUUUUACUGAUAAAUAGAUUCUUUUAUGGAUGUUAUGAUUCCUACGAAGAUGUUGAUUAGCUUAUCACUUGUAAUCUUUUACUUAAUUGGUCUACCUUCUGUGUUUUUACAGGUUGCUUUUUUGCUAAAAAGGUUUGGAAUGCACAGAAUGCUGGCGCAUCAGCAGUGCUUGUGGUUGACAACACUGACGAACCAUUGAUAACCAUGGAUUUGCCUCGAGAAGAUACUGAUGCUGCAACCUUUAUUCAAAAUAUAACGAUUCCGUCUGCACUUAUUGACAAAGCAUUUGGUGGGCAAUUAAAAAAGGCAUAUCAAAAUGGCGAAAUGGUUAAUGUGAACCUUGACUGGAGGGAAGCUGUUCCUCACCCUGACAAUCGUGUGGAGUAUGAGUUAUGGACUAGUAGCAAUGAUGAAUGUGGACCUAAAUGUGAUAUGUUGAUGGAAUUCGUGAAAGAAUUUAAGGGUGCAGCACAGAUACUUGAACAAGGUGGUUAUAGUCAAUUUACACCUCAUUACAUAACUUGGUAUUGCCCACAGUCAUUCAUUGCCAGUAAGCAGUGCAGGUCGCAAUGUAUAAAUAACGGUAGAUACUGUGCGCCUGACCCGGAACAGGAUUUUAGCAGAGGUUAUGAUGGGAAGGAUGUAGUUAUUGAGAACUUAAGGCAGUUGUGUGUGUUUAGGGUUGCAAAUGAGAGUAAAAGACCCUGGCUGUGGUGGGAUUAUGUCACUGACUUUCAUAUCAGAUGCCCUAUGAAGGAGAAAAAAUACACUGAGGACUGUGCUGGGAAUGUUAUCAAGUCCCUGGGUAAGUUGAAUUGUGUUUUGAAUGUCAUGGCUGAAAACAAAUGCAUGUUUGGACAUUAUUUCAGAUUUACUUGGAUUGUCACUCUGGAACAUGUAUAAUGUGACACUGGCAUGUCGGCUAUAUGUACCAUGUAAAUGUUUUUUUCAAAUAUUAUUUGCCAAGGAAGGCAUUUGCCUUGGUUGAAUCAUGGUCUGCUACUAUUUUCAAUCGAGUUGGUAACAGGAGGAUCCAAUUUCAGUGAUAUUCGUGAAUUCUUUUAUUUCGCGAAAGAAACCCCAUCUUUUAACUGUUAGUCUUAUUUCUGACUAGGAAGAUACUUGAAGUUGUCUCCAAGCCGACUUAGUCUACUUGUGCUGCCACUUUUGGAAAGUACUAUACGUAUUGCUACUGUGCAACAUUGAACAUGCAUGUGAUAUGAUACUUUCAUAUUUGAUCUUAUAGGUUAAGCUCUACUACUUGUGGAAACAUUGAUUGAAAAGUUUGAAUCAGUAUCACUAUGUAUUGAAAUGUUAAAUCAACAUGGUGGCCUAUGCUAUUUAUAUUGGAAACAAUAUUGUGGACUAUGCUAUAUUUUAUUCUAUGAAAAUAUUCUUAGCAAGCACCUAAAAUUAACUUGCGUCCUGUGAUAGAAUUUUCUUUAUUUUGGCACACUUCUUGGAUGACGGUCAAUGGAUUCUUCUCUAAUGCUUCUGUUGGGCAGGGCUUGAUGCCAGAAAGAUUAAAAACUGUAUGGGUGAUACAGACGCUGACUCUGAAAAUCAAGUUCUGAAAGAAGAACAAGAUGCUCAGGUGAUUAGACCUUGCAGAUUUUCCCCCUUCUGCUCGUUGAACCAUGGACAAUGAAAGAAGCACCGGACGAUAUCUGUUCUCAAAGGCUGGCUAUAUAUGGUCUAUAUAUGUUUAGAUGUAUAAAUAGAUACUGUGGAUGGAGUCUUUCAUAGGUGUAUGCUACGAGGCAUUAGUUUCCACUUUCAUGCUUACUGAAUAACUUCUAUUUGAAUUCGAGCAUUUCUUGAAUUUAUGCAUCAGUUUUAUUGGGGACGUUUAAAACACCUUGUUGUUCGUCUGUCUCAUGUGAUUAAUUUGUAGAGUGAUGCUACUCCCAAUACUUUUUUUUUUAACCCCCUUGAGGAAGGAGGAGGGAUUUUCUUUGUUGCUUUGCAUUUUUCCGGAUCCAUCUGACGUGGCAUAUAUAUAAUAUAUCUUCAUGGUGGGUUCAUACUCAAAGCAUAAGCCUCUUCGAUAGUACAAUGCAAUAUUCUUAGUAUAAGGCAUUUCACUUAAAACGUUUAAUUGUGUUUGGAUCUGUGCGAGUGACAGAAUUUUCUUGAUAUAGGUUGGGAAGGGUUCCAGGGGUGAUGUUACAAUACUUCCUACACUUGUUAUCAAUAGUCGACAAUAUCGAGGUUGGCCAAUGACACCAUUCCCUUCUUGUGACUUCGUAUAGAAGGCAAGCUAACAUACAUACGUGCAGGGAAAUUGGAGAAAAGUGCUGUUUUGAAGGCUGUUUGUUCUGGUUUUGAGGAAACUACAGAACCUGCUGUUUGCCUAAGUAACGGUGAGUUGUUUGAUUUGUAUGGUUUUCAAAACGUCCAUGGAACCCUCUCUUCCAGUUCAUAUUAAAGGCCAUAAUUUCUAAUUCAGCUAUAUAAUAUUCAUCCAGAUAUAGAGACGAAUGAAUGUUUAAGCAAUAAUGGGGGUUGCUGGCAGGAUAAAGCUUCUAACAUUACUGCAUGCAAGGUGAACUGAAACCAAAACGUUUUAGGAUCAAUGCACCAGUGGUUUUUCGUUUUUUUAAUUAUUCUUUAUACGUUUUGGUCAGGAUACGUUUCGUGGAAGAGUUUGUGAAUGUCCCCUCGUCCAAGGUGUGCAGUUUCAUGGAGAUGGUUAUACCUCUUGUGAAGGUAAACCUUUUGCUCUGUCUACUGGUAAAACACGUCUUAAAACUCCUUCAAAAGUGCACUGAGAGACAAUUAUAAGUAGGGAAGAAGCAAAAUGGGAUUCUACUAUUCCUACUGUUAAUCUAGACUAAAGUGAACUAGAAUUUGCUGAUGCCCUAUUGACCGCCGAUUUAUUGUCCGAUAGAACAAAACGAGAGUUUAUUGAGAGUUUAUUUGGCCACCUUACCUUCAUAAGUUUGGUGGCAGGCCCAUGGUAGUGCAUAUAAAUUAAUGUAGAUAUGUCUUGCCCUGAAACACAAUGGAUGGGCGUUGACUUUUAAUAUCUCUCUCUCUCUCUCUCCCCCUCUCUCUGUUUGUCAAACCUUAGCACAGCCCACAGUCCAAACUAUAAUGCGCUUGAUGUGCCUACGGCCUUCUCUCGGUUCUCAUUGUCAGAGACUUCUGAGCCUCUGAGGCAGUGUUAUUACCAAGAGAAAGAUGAGCCUUAUUCUUUUAUUCUUAGGGCAGCCUUUGUUCCAAGAUUGAGAUAUGGGUUUAUACACAUUGUUGGAAUAUAAGCAACUGAAAAUGAUCUUCUUUGACUCAUUCCAUCUGCAGCUCGUGGGCCUGGACGGUGCCUGAUAAACAAUGGAGGUUGCUGGCAUAAUUCUCGAGAGGGUCUAACCUUCUCCGCUUGCAUGGUUGGUGCUUUUUCUUAUCAUUAUACUUGUCCAUACUACCCACUUUUCUUACUACUUAGAAGACAGAUCCCGUCAUCUAUUUGCUACCAACUCACUAGCACUGACAAAAACUACUAUCUUGGAGACAAAUUUCUUUAUGGGUCAGAAAAAUUUAUGUAUAAUCACACAAAGAUAUAUAUCUAAAGAGUCAACGUUUCUUUGUACGGAGUCAACUGAUAAGAAUUAUUCUGGGGACAUCUUUUUUAAUGGGUUGUAUAAGAUUUUUUGAGUUUAAUAUACAACUAUACAGAUGCAUAUAAUAUCAAUGUUCUAUUAGCACUUCUAGAUCACACAUUUAAAGAUCAUGCGAUCAAACUUGAUCUCGAUGAGAGAAUUAUUCUAUUCUGGGGGCAAUUUUUGCAAUUUUCAAGAACAUGGUGUGGAUCAUCCGCCCCAACUUUUACUAUUUGCAGGAGUGGGGAGAAACCAAAUGCCGGUGCCCCGCUGGGUUCACAGGCGAUGGCGUCAACAGCUGUGAAGGUGAAAUGCCAUUUUCUUCAGGCUCGCUGAGCUGAUCUUCUACAAAUCAUUCGAGCAUGAAUGCAGAAAUCUCUUCUUGUUCACACCCACUGUUUGUGAAUCUGAGCUUAAAUCCCUCUUUUCUUUUCUGUUUUUUGAUCUUCCAGAUGUGAAUGAAUGUAAAGAUAAGAAGGCCUGCCAGUGCUCCGAAUGCAGCUGCAGAAACACCUGGGGCAGCUACGAUUGCUCCUGCAGUGGGGAUCUCUUGUACAUCAGAGAUCAUGAUGCCUGCAUUGGUGAUCAUCCUCAAUUCCUAAUUUCGGAUUUUUCUUAUAAUCCCCAAUCGUUGACUCCCUCCCAUGGUCUGAUGAACAGCGAAGAGGGCGAUCCAGUCAAACACCACCUGGGUAGCUGUCUGGGUCAUCUUGAUCGGACUGGCUAUCGCUGCUGCGGGCGCAUAUAUGGUGUAUAAGUACAGAUUAAGAGUAAGUAUUUACGAAUCUGGGCUGAUUUAUUUCCAUUAUUAUGUAUGUGGGAUUAUUCUAAUAUCCCCUUUUCGGGCUUUAUUUGAUUCAGUCCUACAUGGACUCGGAGAUCAGAGCCAUUAUGGCCCAGUACAUGCCGCUGGACAGCCAGGUGGAGAUAGCCAACCAUUCUCGAGAUGAAGACCAUACAUGA